UACGAGCAUUAAGCGCAACCGUGGUGGCCUCACACUAACAAUACGUAGUACGCGCGUCCUACAGAGGCUUUGUGAGCGCUUCCGGAAGUGUGUCCUAUUUCGCGAUCCGUCGAUUUGUGUGCGCCGGCACUUGAGUUCGUGUUGUGCUGUGUUUUCUCGGUUCCAGUGCCUGCAGUGGUUUGUAUUGAUCGCUGCCAUGUCUGCCGAGAAAGGGGAACUUGAUCUGAAUGGAGCUAAACAGAAUACCGGGAUGUGGCUUGUUAAGCUCCCAAAGUACUUGGCCCAGCAGUGGGCAAAAGCAACUGGCAGAGGAGAAGUUGGAAAGCUGAGAAUUGUUAAAAAUCAAGGGAAAACCGAGGUGUCAUUUACCCUUAAUGAAGAACUUGCAAGCAUUCAGGAUAUUGGAGGGAAGCCAGCAUCAUCCUUAGUAUCAACGCCGAGGGAACAUCCGUUUUUGCUGCAGUCUGUGGGGGGACAAACUCUCACAGUGCUUACUGAAAGCUUAUCCGAUAAACUUGCUUUGGAAGGUAUUGUGGUGCAUCGUGCUGAGUGUAGACCUGCUGCUAGUGACAAUUAUAUGCAAAUGAAGAGAAAACAGAUUGAAGAAUCUUCCAAACCAAAGAGGCAAUCACAACAGUUAGAAAAGGCAGUGACAUCAAAUUACAAACCAGUGUCAAAUCAUCAAUACAAUAUUGAGUAUGAGAAGAAGAAAAAGGAUGAUGGCAAGCGAGCUCGAGUAGAUAAGCACCAGGUUUUGGAUAUGCUGUUCUCUGCAUUUGAAAAGCACCAGUAUUACAACAUUAAGGAUCUCGUGGACAUUACCAAGCAGCCUGUGACCUAUCUGAAAGAAAUUCUGAGAGACAUCGGCAUUUACAACAUGAAAGGAACUCACAAGAACACAUGGGAGCUGAAGCCAGAAUACAGACAUUAUCAAGGAGAAGACAAGAGUGACUAGGAAGAUCCAGGGCCCCAAUGUACAACGUCCGGGAGGAACCAUGCAUUACAGGCCCAGAGCAAAUACUGCCCAAAACUCCACCCCCUGUGGAGAUUCAUAAGCUGAAGUAUAAUAUUUUUCCAUUUCAAACAUAGCAUAGUAUAUGGGGCAUAUACACAGGCAUUGUUUAAUGCUUCCUAAAAGAUAGUUCAUAGAGCCACACAUGAACUGGAAUAAAUAAAACCUUGUGUCAUUUUCCCUUGCAAAUAAUGUACAUUCCACUGGCACAAACUGUGGGUUUUGCUAGGUAAUUCUUUUUUCAGACUUCAAAAAAGUAUAUUUUCUUUUUAACCUUCUUAAGACUAAAGCAGAUUUUCAUUAUAACUGUCUGACUUAUUAUUAUUUCUUUGUAUUUCAAUUUUGUGUGCUCUAAGGUUUUUUAACACUGGUUCUUAAUAAAAAAGAAAAAUAAGGCCA